AUGGAACGGAGAGAAUAUAUAGUAUUCAUUUUUUUUAUUUUUUUUCAAAGCUCUCGAGGACAAGUAUAUAAAGAGAUAUCCACAAGUCCAAUACAACAGAGAGAAAGCACAGAAGAGAAGAAAACGGCUUCGUUCAGCAUGGACGGCGGCGACUCUAUAGCGAUGGCGGCAAGUCCUUCGUUCCACGACGACGACUACUCUGCCGGCAACACGCCGCCUUUUGAGGAAGUUACAGUAGAUCACGUUUCUCAGACAGUCGACAAUCCCGAUCCCUACGGGUUUGGGUCGGGUCAAGCAACUCCUUUCGAUGACUCGGAGGCUCCGAUCGAUAAUGGAAAUAGUAAGCCUUACGAUCUCGGUGAAGAUUCUGAAGGAAUUUUCAGCUCCGAUGGACCGGUACUUCCUCCUCCUAGUGAAAUGAGAGAGGAAGGUUUAGCCCUACGCGAAUGGCGAAGGCAAAACGCCAUCCGUCUUGAGGAGAAUGAGAAGAGGGAAAAAGAAAUCAGAAACCAAAUUAUUGAGGAAGGUGAAGAGCAUAAGAAAGCAUUCUAUGAGAAAAGAAAGCUCAAUAUUGAGACCAAUAAGACUAACAACCGAGACAAAGAGAACGUGUAUGUAACUAAUCAAGAAAAGUUCCACAAAGAAGCUGACAAACAGUAUUGGAAAGCCAUAGCAGAGCUCGUUCCUAAUGAGGUUCCAAAUAUUGAGAAGAAAGGACGGAAGAAGGAUCAAGAGAAGAAGCCAUCCGUCAUAGUCGUCCAAGGACCCAAACCUGGAAAACCCACGGAUCUUUCAAGGAUGCGCCACAUCUUGGUGAAGCUUAAGCACAACCCACCACCUCAUAUGCUACCACCACCACCCGCACCUGCCAAGGAUGGUAAAACUGGGAAGGAUGGGAAAGAUGCUAAGAACAUUAAAGAGGCAGCUGAAGGGAUUGCACCUGCUACCGGAGAUGACGUACCUGCUAGUGAAUCCACUGUUACUCAGACAUCAUCAGAACCUGUUCCUGCUACUGUGGAGGUCUCUUUAUUCUCUUGAGGAACAUGAAAACAUCCAACUACUUGAUACGAAAACAACCAUUUCUGGCACUCGAUAGUUUGUGCCUUGCUCACAUUCCGUUGAUUUGAGGCGAAUGCAGCUGCAUUUUGUUAUUCUAAACAUCAAGAUCUUUUAUUGUAAUUGAAGUCGAGACGAUUUUCAUGUUCAUAGAAAGCUUUUUUUUUUUCUCU